AUGAAUUUGAACCAACGAGUUUUGAGAGUCGCUGCUGUUGCGUCCUCGCAGCAGCAGCUCAGCAUCGUGGCAUCACUUUCCUUAACCCCAACUCUAUGGUUAUCCCUAGCAGCGACCAAUGACAUCCACUCCAGCACAAGUACCGCUGCAAGUACUCAGCUCCUCGAAUCAUCUGUGUUGGACCUGCAAAAGAGCAAACAAUACAAGAAGGAUACUGUGGCGAGAAUUCUUGACCCCAACACCAUCAAAUUGGACAAGAAUGGUCUCGUGGCACUGGCGGGAGUCCAAACCCCGUCCACCGGCGGUUUCCCAGAUUGCACGUCGUAUUCACCUUCCAAACAACUCCGAAAGUCUCUGCCCAAGGGGACUACUGUCAAAGUCAGGUUUCUAGACGAAGAAAGCAGUAGUUCUUCCGCUGCCAAGCGAGUCCUCCUCCUCCGGGAAACCCCAAACCCCAAUGACGAUGCAGUGCUGGUCAAUGCCGAACUAAUCGAGUCUGGUUACGCCAAGCCCGUGGCUCGGGGUCGAAAGGAAGCGGAGAAGAUUCUUCCAGGCUUUACUGCGGCGUUGGAACACCUCAAUCAACAAGCUCAGGACAAGCACGUUGGACUGUACGAAGUGUGCACUGCAGAUGCUGGAACCAGACUUGUCGACUCGCCUUUUGUAUCUUCGUCGUCGUCGAAAACAUCGACACCCGCCACGUCUGACUUUCCUCUCAACCUGGACGACCAAUUUGAGCCACUUGCCUUUACGACGCAAACGCAAUGGGGAGCCGACGGAGGGAAAACCAUUCGAGUUGACAAUACUGCCAACUCCAAGGGAACAGUACCGGUAGUACCGAUCAACCCGGGCGAUUCCAGAGGCUGUUCUGACUUUGGCACUUAUGAAGAAGCCCUCAGUUGGUACGAAAGGUAUCUUCCCUACUAUGGUGAUGUGGCCAAACUGGAUCGGGACGGAGACGGUAUUCCUUGUCCCAAGUUGCCGCACACCAAAAACAUGGAUCGGUUUCGACGAAAGGUUCCAGUGGUCUCCUCGUGGAGUGUUGACAACCAGCAGAAUAAGCUACAAUGA